AUGGGCGCGUUGGAGCGCAAGUACAAUGAGCUGAAAUGUGACGUUGACCAUCGACCCGAGGUGGCAUUUUGUCAGGCAAUAAGUGCGCUCGUCACGUGUUUCCAGCAAAUCAUGUUUUUGUGCUCUGUGGAGAGCUUGCUGUCGAUAUACGGCAACGAGCUAGGAAUGCUGGGUGAUACUGAGACAGCUGUCAAAGAGCUGGGUCGAGUGCUCAUUGAACUGCGGUCUAUGAAAUCCCCGCGCGCGACGGCGUUCCGUGUCUCCAUUACUUCGGGACCAUCAGGCAUCGUGGUCGAGCUUCCGAUCAUUACACGUCGUGCGAGUGAAUACCUGAGCAUAGCAUGCAUCCAGUUCCAGGCCAGGACGCAGUAUCAGGGGCCAUUUUUUUGCCUCUUUUGA